AGCUUCGAGGCCAUUCGAGGCGCCUUUUCAUCCCCCUCUCCAUCCUAUUUAUCGAGGAGGACGAGAAGAGGACGUUUCGUCGAGAAGAUGUCGGACAGCGGCGUUGUGACAGUCUACGGCAAUGGCGCGGCCCUGACGGAGCCGAAGAAGUCGUCUACCUUCUCGGUGAAGGUGGGGCUAGCGCAGAUGCUGCGCGGCGGCGUGAUCAUGGACGUGGUCACCCCCGAGCAGGCCCGCGUCGCCGAGGAGGCCGGCGCCUGCGCCGUCAUGGCCCUCGAGCGCGUCCCCGCUGACAUCCGCGCCCAGGGCGGCGUGGCGCGCAUGUCAGACCCCGGCCUCAUCAAAGAGAUCAAGCGCGCCGUCACCAUCCCCGUCAUGGCCAAGGCCCGCAUUGGACACUUCGUCGAGGCCCAGAUCCUUGAGGCCAUCGGGGUCGACUACGUCGACGAGAGCGAGGUUCUCACUCCCGCCGACGAUCAGCACCAUAUCAACAAGCACAACUUCCGGGUGCCCUUCGUCUGCGGCUGCCGCAAUCUCGGCGAGGCGCUCCGCCGCAUCCGUGAAGGCGCCGCCAUGAUCCGCACCAAGGGCGAGGCCGGCACCGGAAACAUCGUCGAGGCCGUCCGCCACGUUCGCUCCGUCAUGGGCGACAUCCGCGCUCUCCGCAACAUGGACGACGACGAGGUCUUCGCCUUCGCCAAGCGCAUCGCGGCCCCCUAUGACCUCGUCAUGCAGACCAAGCAGCUCGGCAGGCUCCCGGUCGUCCACUUCGCCGCCGGCGGGGUCGCCACCCCUGCCGAUGCUGCCCUCAUGAUGCAGCUCGGCUGCGAUGGCGUGUUUGUUGGCUCCGGCAUCUUCAAGAGCGGAGACCCCGCGCGCAGGGCCAGAGCCAUCGUGCAGGCAGUCACCCAUUACACCGACCCGGAGAUCCUGGCGGAGGUGAGCUGCGGCCUGGGGGAGGCCAUGGUGGGGAGCAAUCUCAACGACGCCAAUGUCGAGAGGUUCGCUAGCCGCUCGGAAUAACAGAGAAGCAUAAACAAAUCGGUCCUUUCCUUUCAGUUCCGUAGUUGGGUCGUUUCUUAACUGAACCAAAAUUGUUGCUUUGAAGUUACUUGCUUUAUAGCGACUGAAAUAUUCUGCUUUUAAACCCUAGCUUUUUGUGUGUCACAAAACUACAAGUGUGCUUGAUUCAUCAGAUGCCUGUUUGAUUUCUAUGGCUUAAUAAUA